UCUUGCUCUCUCUUUCUGUUGAAUGUGGUGAAGUCAUUUAUUUCAGACAAGGGUGUUUGCUCUGUUUAUAUUGGCAGUAGUGUACAGUGCAAUCUGCACUGCGUAGUAAGAGAAAAAGAAGAGCAACGACACGACAUCCUGAGCGCACACUCACCUGUAUUCACCUGAAAUCUUCACAACAAAGAUCACCAUGUCAAACAAAGGUGUCGCUUACGGUUUCAGCCGCGAUGUGCAGAGUAAGAUUGACAAGAAAUAUGACCCGGAGGUUGAGGAAAGGCUAGUGGAGUGGAUCAUGGCCCAGUGUGGUCUUAAUGUCAGCCUACCUGAGUCCGGCAAGACUGGCUUCCAGAACUGGCUCAAGGAUGGAUGUGUGCUGAGUGAGCUUAUAAACAGCCUAUAUACAUCCAACAAGCCAUUCAAGACCAUCAAGAGCUCUGGCAUGGCAUUCAAGCAGAUGGAACAAAUAUCCCUGUUCCUGAGUGCUGCAGAAAGAUACGGAGUCACCAAAACAGACAUGUUUCAGACUGUAGACCUGUUUGAAGCUAAAGACCUGGCUUCUGUCCAGAGGACCCUGAUGGCUCUGGGUAACUUGGCUAUCACUAAGGAUGAUGGGACUUACAAAGGAGAUCCGGGAUGGUUCCAUAAGAAAGCCCAGGAAAACAAAAGAGAGUUCACAGACGAGCAGCUGAGCGAAGGCAAAAGUGUCAUCGGUCUGCAGAUGGGCACAAACAAACUAGCAUCUCAAGCUGGAAUGAAAGGAUACGGACUACCAAGGCAGAUCAUCAACGACCCCUAAACCUGAGCAGAGCUUAAACCCUCCUCCUCUGGCGAGACACUCCACCUGCUUCCCCUCUGACAGGACAGAGAAACUCUAAACACGAGGAAGAAUGCCACCUGACUGUUUCUGAGAAUAAACUGGACCAAAACAGGGACCAAUAAAUGUGCACAUAUAGAACACACACAUACCUAAACAGAUACCUGUGACAAUUAAACAAUAAGAAGAGUUAUAUUACAGAGCAAAUCGUAAAUAAAGGUUUUCUUAAAGAAUCAUUCCAAUUGUUUUCAUUUCAUUUGCUCUAAUAUGUAAAACUAUUUUUUAAUCCAUUUUGUUACCUUGCACACACUCAGAGUUUCAGUUUAUUAACUUAAAGAGACUUGUAACCCACUUGAGAGAAGCAAUCCAUCAAAUGUAUUAAGUUUGCCUUGUUUAGCUGCAUAUUUGCAGGAACUUCAGAACUAUGGUAAUGUAACAAUAGGAUUUAUUUUUGAUGUGUUCUUGUUUUUUUAUUGUUUAUCUGCACACAGUUUUCUUACAGCGUAGCUAUCAUCUACUUAUAACUGUUAUAUCAGGGUGUCUUUGAAUGCAACGCCAAGAAGGGAUUUGAAAACAUUCUCUGCUCAGAGCUGCAGACAGCUUACACUUCAUCAAGAAAUUAAAGUAAAGACAUUUCAUUUGUUUAAUACAGUUAUUAUCUAACUCAAGUGCUUCAAGUCUUUGUUGUGUACUGUAUUUGUUCUGUACUUGUGUACUUGCUGUGUGAUUUCAAACAUAUAGUGAUUAACUAUUGAAAUUUAGUGAUUAACCGCGACUAAAACAUUUCAUCGUUUGACAGCCCUAACAAAAACAUAAAAUGCAGUCAUGUGUGUUUUAAGUCUCCAUGGAGGCUUCUAGAUUCAAACACUUACUGGACCUUUUUUUUUUAGAGUGUUUACACAUCAUUUAUAUUGAGGAUGACUUUGAAAUAAAAUUGGAUUUACCUGUAAAGAGGC